AUCUAUGAAAACACAAGGUUAUAGGAAUGGUUGAAAUUUGUAUGGUGGACUGGAACAUUCAGUUUUGCUUGGAUUUGUUGGGUAUUACCAUAUAACAUUGUAUAUAAAACCAAUCUCAUGUUUGAUCAUUAUAUUGAUACCUCCUUUUAUCCUUAACAUUUAUAUUCUAUCUAUAAUAUGGAUUAAUGAGAAUCAAUGUAUUAGCCGCAACUGCUGCUUCUGCUUAUCUAUGGUAUUUCCAUCAUAUGUCUAUGAAUGAUAUUGGAAGGAACUACUUUACAAAAUUACAAUAAAAUAAAGAUAAAGAAAUGAUAUUUGUCACUAGGAUGGGUUCAUUCGGUGUUAUUAGAGAAGAUGUAUUUGAAACAUAUCAUCAUGAAGUAUUGCCAUACUACACCAAAUUUGGUGUGUAGAAUAUGAGACAAAAUGAUUUAGGAAUGUAUGAGAUGUCUUGCUUAAAUAAGUAGGAGUUGAUGUAUUUAAAAACACAAUUUCUGACUAAUCAUACUUAAUUGAUAUCCAAAUAAUACUUUGGAUUAAAGAGGUAAUUGUCAAAUCAAACUUUAAAAUUGGAAUGA